AUGACUUUCACCGUGAACGCCAUGCGCCUCAGCUACCCCUUCUCCAGCGCGGCAACAGGCAAUGCUAACGCUGUGCGUGCAUCCCUGCGGCCGCUGGCCCGGACAUCUGUGCGGCCUCACAUGGCCGCUUCCCUUUCAAAGCCUUUCGAAGCCUCCCUGUCAACCCCCGCGGACAUCCAGGCGCCCGCCACCUCCGCUCGCCCGUCCUCUUCAAACAACAUCGUGCCGGCCACCAAGGCCAGUGAGCGCCUGGAACGGGCGCUCAUCGCCAACCCCAUCGCGCUGCCCGCCACGGGCCGGUCCCAGCAGCCGCUGCUGCGCAUGACCUCCCCGACCAUCUACGCCCACGGCUGCGGCGACCAGAUGUGGGCACCGGCACAGUUCAAGGAUGUGAAUGCCGACGUGGCGCCCUGGCUGAUCGGUAUGACCGAUGGCGAGGUGGAGCAGACGAUCAUCCGCCACUUCCCGAUGUUCACCCGCGACAUCUUCGCCGCUGCCACGCAUAUCCACAGCGCCCACCCCGCCACCGCCACCUCCAUCAUGGCCAACCUGCUGGACAUGCACGGCCCCCUGCUCUCCUCCAUCGCCCCUGGCGGCUCCAGCGCCGUCAUCCUGAUGCACAAUGGAGUGGAGGUGGCGCUAGCACGCGCUAUCGCCCGCGCCCAGCAGCUGGCAGCCGCCGGCAACCGCCAGGCCGCCUGGAGCCUGGCUGCGCGUGCCUUCGAUCUCCUCUCCCACCUGCGCUUCGGCAGCUUGGUGGUGGCGGCGCCCUUCAUCGCCUUUUGGCAGGAUCUCAAGACCCUCCUCUCCUGCCCCAUCGCCGCCGCCGCCGUCAGCCAGGAGGCGGUGCUCGCGCUGCGCUUCACAGAAAGCUGGGCGGUGCUGGUGGCGCGCGGCCGCCUCACCCAGACCCCCGCCCGCUUUGAGGAGCUGCUGGGCGCGGUGCUGAGCCACCCUCUCACCGACGGCCAGCUGCGGCGCGUCGAGGCCGCCCCACGCCUGCUGCCCAUCGACAUGAGCCUGGGCGUGCGGCGCUGGGCCUGGGAGCCCGCCGCCCAGGAGCAGCGCCGCCGCCUGACCCUCGAGAGCGAGCAGCAGCGCCGCCAGCACACCACCUCCUCCCCCCGCCAGCAGCGGCGGGAGCGUCGUGCCGCCGCCGUGGUGGAGGCCGAGGAGGGAGCCCUGGUGGCCGCCCUGGCACACUGA